CACAUUCAGGAAGGACUGACCCCCGGACAUCUGAAAAAGGCGAAGCUAAUGUUCUUCUACACACGUUACCCAAGCUCUAAUGUGCUGAAAAUCUUCUUUCCUGAUGUAAAGUUCACCAGGUGCAUCACAUCUCAGCUGAUAAAGUGGUUCAGUAACUUCCGCGAGUUCUACUACAUCCAGAUGGAGAAGUUUGCGCGGCAGGCCGUGGUGGACGGGGUGGCCCUCAUGAGGGACAUCACAGUAGACCGGGACUCCGAGCUCUUCAGAACACUGAAUACACAUUACAACAAAGCCAAUGAUUUCCAGACCUGGUGGUGGGAGUAG